GGUUGGAAAAGAUGGCAGAUCCAGGUUUUCACUCUCGUGCUGAUAUUCCUGACCAUCUUCGUGAAGCAGUCGAUCGUCACAUCUCAGAUAUGUUUCCUGGUGAAAUGCAUAAUGAUUUACGUUCUAAGCUGAAAGAAAUGUGGAAGACUAUCUUCAUUUCGUCGAUGAUAAGAACGGGACGUGGUCUUGCUGAUCAGAUGCGUGAUAUGGUUUCUCUUUUGUCAAUUGAGUUGAAGAAGCAGCCAUGUGCUUGCAAGAGAAAGGAGCCUGAAACUGGAAAUGUUGUUGGAGGUAGUUCUGUGGCACAGAAGGGUGAUGGCAAUGCAGACACUGAUUCUGAUUAUUGUCUUGAGGAUUGUUGUCUUGAGCGUUCGGGGCCAUGUACAUGCAAGGGAAAGGAGCCUGAAACUGAAAAUGUUGUUGGAGGUAGUUCUGUGGCACAGAAGGGUGAUGGCAAUGCAGACACUGAUUCUGAUUAUUGUCUUGAGGAUUGUUGUCUUGAGCGUUCGGGGCCAUGUACAUGCAAGGGAAAGGAGCCUGAAACUGAAAAUGUUGUUGGAGGUAGUUCUGUGGCUCAGGAGUAUGAUUCCUAUGCAGACGGCGAUUCUGAUGAUUGUCUUGAGCUUAAGGAGCUAUCUGGGGAAGAGGAAGUCCCUGUAACUGCUUUGCAUAGAAUGUUGUUUGCUGAUGUACUUGAGGCUCCUAGGAAUUACAUUGAAGGUUCCGAGAAAAUACUUGAAGUUGGUGGUAAGUCUGUCAGCUGGCAUAGUUUCUACCUUGCUAUGAAGGGUGGUGGUUUCAUGGAUCCUUCUGUUAUGGAUGUUUUUCUUAAGUGCGUUGAUGAUGGUCUUGAUUUCUUAUUUAUUCCGAGCUCUUUGGCGCAUAUUCUUGAUGUGGAUGAGGCUGACCCUAUUCAUCUUGCUGCAAGCUUUGGUGAACAUGAUCUGAAGUACUAUAGUUUGGAUAGGGAAGAGGCAUGUUUGUCAUGUUUUGUUUGGCGCUUAUAUUUUUUCUACUACAAGUAUCGUGGAUGCUUUCUUAUUUCUCGUGUGAUUGUUUAAUUUCAAACAGGUCUACAUUACUUGUUGCGAUUACAGCCAUUGGUGGGUUAUCUUUGUCGACUUCCAUUUCAGGAAAUUUAGAGUGUCUAGCUCGCUGGAGUUGACUGAAGCUCAGAUGGCUUCUACUCAAAG